GCAAAACGGAUAUAGCCAACUGUUUCUGCCUGUUUUACCACACGUACUUGAAUAUGCGUGUUCUACCUCCCCCAAAGACUUGCAUCACCCUUUCAAGAGUUCACACAUAAUUCUAGUUCCCAUAUGACUUAAAGCAAGUUGUUGGAGACUAAUAUGUCUAGUCAUAUGUAUGCGGAUAUAAUUGUCGGCUAAUUUAAAUGACAUUACUCGAUUCCUAAGUUCAAAAAAAUCGAAAAAAAACUCAGGUUUCUCAUAGCGCGACUCAAGUAAUGGCAUUCCGGAGAUUUUUUUCCUCUUCUUCUCAAUUCCGCCAUGCCUCUCCUAAAAAUCUCAAUCUCAACGCCAAAGACUCUACCCUCUCUCACCUUCCCGAACACCGCAAAUCCGAAGAGCUCAUUGAAGUUUUAUGUCAACAGAAGCGCCUCAAGGAGGCCGUCGAUUCCCUCCAUCGCAUUCACCAACCCUCCCCUCGUAUCUACUCCACUCUCAUUGCUGCUUGUGUCCGCCAUCGAUCACUUGAAUUGGGUAAAAAGGUCCAUGCACACACCAAAGCUUCUAACUUCAUUCCUGGCAUUGUCAUCUCCAAUCGUUUGCUUCAUAUGUAUUCCAAAUGUGGGAGUCUUAUUGAUGCCCAGAUGGUGUUUGAUGGAAUGCCACAAAAGGAUUUGUGUUCUUGGAAUACCAUGAUAUCUGGUUACGCUAACAUCGGUCGUCUUGAACAAGCUAGGAAACUGUUUGAUGAAAUGCCUCAAAGAGAUAACUUCUCUUGGAAUGCUGUUAUUUCUGGUUAUGUUAGCCGUCAUCGACAUAGGGAAGCUUUGGAUUUGUUUAGAAUAAUGCAGGUGAAUGAGAGUUCCAGCUCUAAUAUGUUUACUUUGUCUAGUGCUUUGACGGCGGCGGCUGCUAUACAUAGUUUGCGUCUUGGGAAGGAAAUUCAUGGUUACUUGAUAAGGACUGAGUUGAACUUGGAUGAGGUGGUUUGGACUGCUCUUUUGGAUUUGUAUGGUAAGUGCGGGAGCUUAGAUGAAGCUAGGGGUAUUUUUGAUCAGAUGGCUGAUAGAGAUGUUGUUUCAUGGACUACCAUGAUUCAUAGAUGCUUAGAAGAUGGAAGAAAGAAAGAGGGAUUUUCAUUGUUCAGAGAUUUGAUGGGUUCAGGUGUUAGACCAAAUGAAUAUACAUUUGCUGGUGUUUUAAAUGCAUGUGCCGAUCUUGCUGCUGAACGCGUGGGAAAGGAGGUUCACGGGUACAUGACGCGGAUAGGGUAUGACCUGUGUUCGUUUGCUGCGAGUGCUCUUGUCCAUGUGUACUCUAAGUGUGGGAACACUGAAAUUGCAAGAAGGGUGUUUAACCAGAUGCCUCGCCCAGAUUUGGUGUCAUGGACUUCUCUAAUUGUUGGGUAUGCUCAGAACGGUCAACCCGACAUGGCUCUUCAUUAUUUUGAAAUGCUACUUCAAUCAGGUACAAAGCCUGACGAAAUUACCUUUGUUGGGGUUCUUUCUGCAUGCACUCAUGCUGGAUUAGUAGAUAAAGGGUUGGAGUAUUUCCAUUCAGUGAAAGAGAAACAUGGAUUGAAGCAUACUGCAGAUCAUUAUGCUUGUGUUAUUGAUUUAUUGGCACGAUCUGGACGAUUCAAUGAGGCAGAGAAUAUUAUUGAUAGCAUGCCCAUGAAGCCUGAUAAAUUCCUUUGGGCAUCCUUACUUGGGGGAUGUAGAAUACAUGGGAACCUUGAACUAGCUGAAAGAGCAGCAAAAGCAUUAUUUGAGAUAGAACCAAAGAAUCCAGCUACCUAUAUCACCCUGGCUAAUAUUUAUGCUAAUGCUGGUAUGUGGACUGAGGUAGCCAAGGUUCGAAAGGAUAUGGACAAUAGGGGAAUAGUAAAGAAGCCAGGGAAGAGCUGGAUUGAAAUUAAAAGGCAAGUGCAUGUGUUCUUAGUAGGCGAUACAUCUCACCCCAAAAUAAGUGAUAUACAUGACUUCUUAGGAGAGCUCUCAAAGAAAAUGAAGGAAGAAGGCUACGUUCCAGACACAAACUUUGUGCUACAUGAUGUGGAGGAGGAGCAGAAAGAGCAAAACAUUUCUUACCACAGUGAGAGGCUUGCUGUUGCCUUUGGAAUAAUGUCAACUCCACCAGGAACUGCAAUCAAAGUUUAUAAAAAUUUAAGAACUUGUGUAGACUGUCACACUGCAAUGAAAUACAUAUCAAAGAUUGUUCAAAGAAAAAUAAUAGUGAGAGAUUCAAAUAGGUUUCAUUGUUUUGAGAACGGAAGAUGCUCGUGCAAAGACUAUUGGUAGUAUUACACUGCAAUGCUCGUGCAAAGACUAUUGGUAGUAUUACACUGCAAUAGCAGCUUUAUUUAGCAUUGAAUGCACUGCUACUUUCGGGUGUCACUGUGGAAGGAAAGACAGCCUUAGACAGUUGCAUUGAUCAACUUCAUUUGCCUUCUCUCUCUUUCAUUUGAACAUGGUUGAUUUCAAGCGGACGUGAUUGUUGGAAAGAUAUACGCUCGCCUAAGGAAGCUGGAACGGUUAUGUAGGAAGAUGUCAGUAGAGGUAAUGGGUGGUUAAUGGUUAUUCACUUCUGGAAAUGCGAAAAAAGGAAGAAGGAUGUGAGUCACGGUGCAGGCAUUACAACAGUAGCAAGUUGGGGAUGCUAUCAGAAAAUGGGGUACAGCUCUUGAGCAGAAAGCUAAUUUAAUGAGUCAAAUGAAAUUCUUGUGUGACACUAGCUAGCAAGUGAAAUAUUCAUUAUUGAGAUGAUGCUGGGAAGUUGUAUGGAAAGUAAAGAGUUGUGGGAUCAAACCCGGACCCUAACAAAUCAAAUUUUCAUGCAGUUUUUUUCUAGUACUUAAUUUUGCCCUUAAUACAAGAACAUUCAAGGCAGGUUAAUUUUUAUUGGAAUAGCUGAAUUCUUAUAGAUUCAUUUUAUGUUUAUGUGGUAGAUUGGAGUUCCACAAUUGUUGUUAUUUUAUAUUAAUGUAAGCUCUUAAAUUAAUGUGCAAUACAACGCCUCAUUCAAAAGUUUAAUCAAUAUUUCAAUUUGCAUCGCAAUGAUUUAAGACCUAAGUCUGCUGUGCUAAUUGAUUAGUUAGAGUAUCAAAAAUCACUUGGAUGGGAUGAGAUG